CUCGGUACCAGUCAGCGUUACAGUUCUACACAAAGCACGCUCUACACAAUCAUCUGUCAACUCAACUCAACAUUCGGUGAAGAUGUGGACGUUUCUGCUCUUGUUCGCGACUGUGAUCACCUUGCCGGCUUCAUCACGAGGUGAGAAGGAGUAUCUGACAACAGUCGACCCCUGGGCCUUUUAUAAAGUUUCUGUCGUAGGAUCGAUGACGAAUACCAACGUCAAAAACACGUGUGAUGCGUUGGGGAUGAGUUAUCCGUGCUACCUCUCUGGCACUGCCUCGUGUACCCACUUCUGGACUUCAGGCUGCAUCGUUUAUGACGAUGCCAGUGUCAGCUGCGAUACUUUCGUCGUCCUCUCGGAAAAGGUGUGCGGAUAUUCUGACGGGUGGGGUAGUAGAUGUCGUCGCCUUGAUGACACCUUUGUGUACAUCCCGAACUGGCAGAACGAUGACAGCGCCUACGGUGUAGGCUACUACUCGAACAGCUGGGGUCUGCACGGGGCAAACUACACCGACAAGUACGCCCUUUGUGCAGAUGUUGACGAGUGUAUCAGCGCUCCCUGUCAGAACGGAGCUGUAUGCCAGGACGAGGUGAAUACCUUUACCUGUCAGUGCACACCUGGUUAUACUGGAACGUUUUGUGAGUCAGAGAUCGAUGAAUGCGUGUCAAACCCAUGUGUCCAUGGCAGCUGUGACGACCACUUGAACCAUUACUCCUGUACGUGUGACGCAGGUUGGGCUGGGGUCGACUGCGACGAAGAAAUCGAUGAAUGUGGUGGCGUUAUCUGUCAGAAUGGAGGAGUAUGCCAUGACCAGCUGAACAACUACGCUUGUCAGUGUGCUCCUGGUUUCAUCGGAACGCACUGUGAAUACGAGAUCAACGAAUGCCACAGCUCCCCUUGCGUGAAUGCCCUGGGCUGUGUUGACGGGGUGAACAACUACACCUGUCAGUGUAAGACUGGCUGGACGGGGCACAGAUGUGACUCAAAUAUUGACGACUGUGCCAGCAAUCCGUGUUGGUACGGAGGGACGUGCGUGGAUGAGGUCAACGGCUACAGCUGCGUCUGUCCGAAAGAUGUUGUUGGGAGAAAGUGUGAAACCGUUUCCUUCCCUGGAGGUUGCUACCAGUUCUCGCCCGACGCCGUCUCCCACGCUGACGCUGUGCGAGCCUGCAGUGCCAAGAACGGCCACUUGGCGGAUGUGAAGGACAGCCACCAGCACAGCGCCAUCGCCAACGGCAUCACGGCUACCACUGGCGUCUCCAACUGGCUCGGAUUGAAGUUCUUACCCGCAAUUCUCGCGUACAGCGAUGGCUCCAUUGCUUCAGCCCCGGUACAGUGGUCCUCGAGCGAACCUGCCGCUCCCUGUGACCUGUGUGUUUUCUUGGACAGCUCUGACAGCUAUCUGGCAAAGACAGCACCGUGCACGGAACGGCACAGCUACGUCUGCCAGGCUGACUUCAAGCUCUGUGAUUCAAACGUCUGUCAGAAUGGCGGUAACUGCACUUCCUGCUUCGACGAGUCCAACACCUUCUGUGAGUGUCCCGCUGGAUUCGAGGGGAAGUUCUGCGAGAUUAACAUUGAUGAGUGUGCGUCCAAUCCCUGCCAACACGGGGGAACCUGCCUUGAUCUCGUCGACUCUUACAGUUGCCGCUGCUCGACUGGUUUCAACGGAGACAACUGUGAAUCAGACAUUGACUGGUGCUCUCUGGUGACCUGUCCGUUGGACUGGACCUGCCAAAAUGAGAUCACCCACUUCAUCUGCCUGGCGCCAAUCGUCCGGAUGCGGGAGCCCUAUCUGUGCAGCAGCGCCUCCUGUCCAAGUGGCAUGCACUGCAAGGAGGAUGGUGGCUGGUCGUUUUCGUGCUGGGCUAACUAACCCUGUCGUCAAAACUGACAUGAAGGCCUUGCAGCUUUAACAUUGAUUGAUUGAUUGCUUGAUUGAUAACCCUCUCGUUGAUUAUUGAAGGAAAGGCUACAAUAUAUGUCCCGACCACCAACGCGAAUAAUAAGCCAAUAUAGUACACCCGUACAUAGCAGUAUUAGGACCUUCUGGCAUGUCAGGAAUGAAGAGAUGAUUUAGUGUUUUGCAUGGGAGGACUUUUAGUCGCCAUGGUAUUUUAGAUGUAAAUUCCAUUCUUAAUCUUUCGCUGUAGAGUCUAAUUGAAAAAAUGUUCAUACCACAUCACUACAUUCCACGCCAUGUAUCUUUCACAUUUUAUGACCAUCUGUAAUUGAUAAACUUGUGUUUUGCAUAAUCGUGAUUUACACAAUAAAACAGCGGCAGAGUCA